AUUCUUCUAUGCUUGGCGCGCGAUUGUGGAAGAAUUUAAUUGAUUUUCUGCCAAGCACUUAAUAAUUUUGCUUCCUGAAUUUGUUAAUCAACGACGAGUGUGUUAAAUUAAUUUCUGUGCAUAAAUCAUAUACGUUAAAUAUGAAAAUGAAAAUGUUUUCCGAUUAUUAUUAUAAUCACCGGAAAAAUGUAUAUGCAAAUCGUUUUUGGUCUUUCGAUAAUCGUAAGCCGAUUUUCAGACGUCGAUACAUGAUGCGACCUUCGGUUUCACCAGACGAGGACAAUAUGAAUGGUUAUAGCCGUAAAACUCCAUCAAAGCGUCGCUAUGAAGGAUCUAAGUUUUCAUCGCUUCCAAAGAAGAAACCUCGAACUGGUAAAGAACGUAUUCCUCAACCAAAGAAUACGGUUGCAAUGCUGAAUGAAUUGCGUCAUGGUUUGGUAUAUAAAUUAGAAUCUCAAACAGGUCCAGUGCAUGCACCUUCUUUUACUAUAUCAGUUGAGGUUGAUGGUCAGAAAUAUAUGGGCCAAGGACGCAGUAAAAAAAUUGCACGUAUCGAAGCUGCAGCAACAGCAUUACGCAGUUUUAUACAAUUUAAGGAUGGAGCCGUUUUAUCGCCCCUUAAGCCCACUUGUAAUUUGGAUUUUACAAGCGAUGAACAUUUGGAAAAUGGUAGCGUUUUUAAAAUUAAUUAUCUAAGUAAAGCUGAGCUUGUUGCCAUAUAUGAUGAAUAUGCUGCCUACUUUAAAAAGCUAAAAAACCUGAUCCCGUCCGAUAAUUUAACAGUUAGCAUGACAAAUGCCAGAGUUGGGCUCACCGUUGACGGUCAGAAAAAAGUGCCUGACAAAGGACCUGUUAUGCUAUUGUAUGAACUCUUUAAUGACGUUCACUUUGACUGUUCGACAAUUGAUGGUGCGCAAAAUAAUUGUCGGUUUAAAAUGACUGUGACAGUAAAUAACAGUAAAUUCGAUGGCACAGGACCAUCAAAGAAAUUGGCAAAAAAUGCUGCUGCUAAGGCUGCAUUAGCUUCGCUGUGCGAUAUUUCAUAUAGUCCAAUGAUGCAUCCACAGAAAAAUGCACCAUUGCCCAUAGAUGAUAAAACAUCAUCCAUGGAAUUACCACAGAUACAUGCUGACACUAUUGGACGUUUGGUGCUAGAAAAGUUUAUGGAAGUUAUUAAAGGUCAAGAAUCAUAUUCACGUCGCAAAGUGCUGGCAGGCAUUGUAAUGACAGAAAAUUUAAAUUUCAAUGAAGCCAAAGUCAUAUCUGUUUCCACUGGCACGAAAUGUGUUAGUGGAGAACACAUGAGUGUAUCCGGUGCUGUACUCAAUGACUCACAUGCUGAAAUCGUAUCACGUCGGUGCUUGAUGAAAUAUCUCUACGCUCAAUUGGAACUUCAGUGCACUCAGACAACAGCAAAUCAGUCGAUUUUCGUGAGGAAUCAAGAGAAUGGGCAAUACCCUUAUAAACUAAAAUCCGGUGUACAUUUCCAUUUAUAUAUAAACACAGCGCCAUGUGGUGAUGCACGGAUUUUUAGUCCUCACGAAAAUGACACUGGUGUUGACAAACAUCCAAAUAGAAAAGCGCGUGGACAACUUCGAACCAAAAUAGAGUCGGGAGAAGGCACAAUACCUGUAAAGAGCAGUGAUGGCAUACAAACAUGGGAUGGUGUUUUACAGGGCCAACGCUUACUAACGAUGUCUUGCUCAGAUAAAAUUGCUCGCUGGAAUAUAGUAGGCAUACAAGGAUCUCUACUGUCAUCUAUUAUUGAACCGAUUUAUUUGCAUUCCAUAGUUUUGGGCAGUCUAUUGCACCCAGAACAUAUGUAUCGUGCUGUCUGUGGACGUAUAGAAAAAUCAAUACAAGGUCUUCCGCCGCCCUAUCACUUGAAUAAGCCUCGGCUAGCUUUGGUUACGUCUGCAGAACCACGUAACCAGGCAAAGGCACCAAAUUUCGGUAUCAACUGGACCAUUGGGGAUACCGAAGUAGAAGUUGUGAAUUCACUUACAGGCAAAACAGUCAAUAACCAAGUAUCUCGUAUUACCAAACAAAUGUAUUUUAUGAAAUACGGUUAUUUAAUGAAGAAUUUGCCAGGAAUUCAAAAUAGAAAAAUUACAGCUUUGUAUGGAGAGACUAAAAAUAGGGUUAAAGAUUACCAAAUUGCCAAACGUGAACUGUUUGCGGCAUUUCGUCGUGAGGAUCUUGGUAAUUGGUUGAAUAAACCAAUUGAACAAGAUGAAUUUGCGCUUCCAGAAUGACUACGUAAAAUGAAAAAGUUUAAUAUUACAACUAUAAAUAAUAAAAAUAUUAAAAUUUAUAAUAAUAUUAUU